AUGCCAGGCCCUAUCCCUACACAAAUGGGUAUGCUUCGAAGUCUAGAACGAUUGUUUCUCCAAGCCAACAAAUUAUCAGGCUCCAUACCAAGAAACUUUGGUAAUCUUAGCUGGUUAGAAAGCUUAGACUUGUCAUAUAACCAGUUAAGCUCAACGAUACCGACGAGUUUCUUCCACCUGGAUAAACUUAUCACACUUGAUCUUUCACACAAUUCCUUUACUGGUGAAGUACCGGUAGAUGUUACUGGUCUAAGACAAACCUAUCAAAUAGACAUAUCUUCUAACUUGUUGAUAGGAAGCAUACCAAAAACAUUUGGACAACUUAGUAUGCUUACCUACCUAAAUCUAUCACAUAACUCUUUCAAAGGCUCAAUUCCAGUUCAACUCGAAAAAGUAAAAAGCCUAGCAUCAUUGGACCUCUCGUUUAACAAUCUCUCUGGUACCAUUCCAAUGUUCCUUGCUAACUUGACGUACUUGAAUACCUUGAACCUAUCAUUCAAUAGGCUAGAAGGACAAAUACCCGAGGGAGGUGUUUUCUCAAACCUCACAUUGAAAUCUUUGGUUGGGAACCCUGGACUAUGCGGCGCUCCGCGGCUAAGAUUUCCACCAUGCCUUGAUAGAAAUCGUUCAAGUAAAAGCCACUUGCUUCCAUUUCUACUGCCAACCCUCAUAUUAGCUUUUGGCGCCAUUGCCAUUUACGUAUACCUAUGGUUCAGAAAGAAACUUAAGAAGGGAAAGGACAAUGUUUCUGUUGAUCCAACUGAUGCCAUAGGCCAUCAGAUAGUCUCCUAUCAUGAGCUUGUUCGUGUCACCAAUAAUUUCCAUGAUGAAAACAUCUUGGGAUCCGGAAGCUUUGGAAAAGUCUUUAAGGGCCAACUGAGCAGUGGUUUGGUGGUUGCGAUAAAAGUUCUUGACAUGCAACUAGAGCAGGCCAUCCAAAGCUUUGAUGCGGAGUGUCGAGUGCUUCGUAUGGCACGACACCGCAACCUGAUAAGGAUACUUAACACAUGUUCCAACCUUGACUUCAGAGCCCUGGUGCUUCAAUACAUGCCAAAUGGUAGCUUAGAGAUGCUCCUUCAUGGAUCACAAAGCACAACAACGCGCUUGGGAUUCCUUGAGAGGCUGGGCAUCAUGCUUGAUGUUUCGAUGGCAAUGUCUUAUCUACACCAUGAGCACUAUGAGCUGAUCUUGCAUCGUGACUUGAAGCCUAGCAAUGUGUUGUUUGACGAGGACAUGACGGCGCAUGUGGCAGACUUUGGCAUUGCAAAGUUGGUUCUAGAUGACAACUCCAUGAUAAGUGCGAGCAUGCCUAGAACAAUUGGGUACAUGGCACCAGAGCUUGUCAAGGUCGUCGAUGGACAGCUAUUACAUGGCUCCUCUCUUUCUAGCUGCAUCUUGGACGAUGGCUUUCUUGCUUCAAUAUUUGAGUUGGGUUUGAUUUGUUCUAGCGACUCUCCAGACCAGCGAAUGACGAUGCACGAUGUGGUCGUGACGCUGAAGAAGGUCAAAGCUGAGUACACUAAACAGACAACAAAAACAUGA